UCCCCAUAAACCUAAACCAUCACCUCCCACACAUUAAAAAAACAGCACGAAAACUGGGAAGCUAGCUAGCGAUCGAUAAUAGAAUGGAAGGGGAAUCGGAGUGGAGGAGCUCGAGCGAGGAAGGCGAGGAUGGCGCAGGCAUGGGGCGAUCCUACGAGUGCGUCUUCUGCAAGCGAGGCUUCACCACCGCGCAGGCCUUGGGUGGACACAUGAACAUCCACCGCAAGGAUCGAGCCACUACGAACAAGCCCACCAGCCGCCCCAAACCAGCCGACGACGCCAACAACAACAACAACAACUAUCAUCAUUUCUACAACUCCCUGCAGCAGUACCCGCUCCACCACUACCCGACCCGGCCCGCGGCCCACGCAUUUUUCCCGGGCCCGGUCAUUACUACUGCGGUGCCCCCGGCGUACUUGGACCUGUUCGGGGAGGACAGCUGGCGGGGGAGGAGGAAUAUGCUGCUGCCGCCCUCACCGGAUCUUCGUACUCACCAGAGCAGGGAGAUGGAAGCUGGAGGAGGGGACGGCGGGUUGGACCUGGAGCUACGACUUGGUCACGACCGCCGAUACUAAACAAACAAUAAUCAUAUCAAAUUAAGAUCCCUAAGCCGUCUCUGGGUAAGCAUACGCUGGCUAUAGUAGUAUAUUCUUGUGUGAUGACAAAACAAGGCUGCUGCUUUCUUCAUUUAGUUUUCAUCGAUGGACGACUGUGGUGGUGUGGUUCAAACUCCAUGCCAUAUGUCGAAUUAUGGGUAGCUACAGGAACUAUGUGUAUGUAUGUGGGUUUUUUUUUAUUCCAUGUUUUGCCUUUCCUUUUUUUGGGUUUCUUCCUCUUUCUUUUAGCUAGCUGCAGCUGGCCUUGAUCAUAAUGAGGAACUUAGCAGGAGAUAAAUAAGCGGGGCUGGGUGGAUAUAGUUUUGUGGUGUAUAUGCAAGGUUUUAUUUGCAUCAAUCAAUAAACAUUAAAAGUGUUA